CUUUCCUGGGGGUCAUUCGCAUGCGUGGCAGCGAGGCUGACUGCCCGGCCGGCCCCGCCGCCGCUGGGCACCGUGAGCACCCCUCCACGCACAGCGGUGUUUCUGCCAUCUUUGUUUGCAUUGCAGUGAGUCAUCACAAGUAUGUCUUGUACCAACACCCCGAGCCGCGCAUUCCUCUGGCACCAACAUGCCACUGUUUUGAAAGCCGGGGCUGGGAGCUGGCGUUGACUCCGGCUCCCAAAUCAAAGGCGGCUAUUCAUCCCGGGAGCUGCCUGGGUGUGUGUCGCAUCCGGACGCUUCAUUGAGAUGCUGCGCGCUGCCCCCGAGUGCCGGCCUGGGUGCAGCUGAGCGCGGCCGUGGAGCCCAGCGCCCAGCUCCUGCCGCUGCCGCCGCCUCCUCCUCCUCCUCCUCCUCCUCCUCCUCCUCGCGGAGCCCUCCCCACCCCAGGGCUCCCGCUCCGUUUGCUGCAUUCCCGGAGCAGCGGGCGGGCGUGUGCGCGCGGGGAGCCCGGGCUGGGCAGGCAGUCACGGGCCGCUGGCCGCAGCAGCCGAAGAUGCGCCCCACCAGGGCUGUCCCGCGCUGAGAGUCCGCAGCCUCUGGCCACACCCGCCUGCCCGCCAUGUCUCAGAUGCUGCAUAUUGAGAUCCCCAACUUCGGCAGCACGGUGCUGGGCUGCCUCAACGAGCAGCGGCUGCUGGGCCUCUACUGCGAUGUGUCCAUUGUGGUCAAGGGCCAGGCCUUCAAGGCCCACCGGGCCGUGCUGGCCGCCAGCAGCCUCUACUUCCGCGACCUGUUCAGUGGCAACAGUAAGAGCGCCUUCGAGCUGCCGGGCAGCGUGCCGCCGGGCUGCUUCCAGCAGAUCCUCGCCUUCUGCUACACGGGCAAGCUGACCAUGGCGGCCAGCGAGCAGCUGGUGGUCAUGUACACGGCCGGCUUCCUGCAGAUCCAGCACAUCGUGGAGCGCGGCACCGACCUGCUGUGCAAGGUGAGCUCACCCCACUGCGACUCGCAGACGGCCGCGGCCGAGGACGCCAGCUCUGAGCCUCACAGCCCCUGCGCCCAGCUGCAGCCGGCCGCCACCACCCCCUACAUCGUGUCCCCCUCCGUGCCCAUCCCGCUGCUGACCCGCGUGAAGCACGAAGCCUUGGAGCUGCCACCGGCUGCUGGCCCGGGCCUGGCCCCCAAGCGCCCGCUGGAGACAGGGCCCCGGGACGGCAUGGCAGUGGCCGCCGGCGCGGCCCCGCUCAAGCUUCCCAGGGUCUCCUACUACGGGGUGCCCAGCCUGGCCAGCCUCAUGCCCGGCGUCCAGCAGGCACCCUACUCCCAGGGGGAGCGGACAAGUCCGGGAGCCAGCAGCCUGCCCACAACCGACAGCCCCACCUCAUACCAUAACGAGGAGGAUGAGGAAGACGACGAGGUGUAUGACACCAUGGUGGAGGAGCAGUACGGCCAGGUCUACAUCAAGUCCACGGGUAGCUAUGCAGUGCAGGAGAAGCCGGAGCCGGUGCCGCUGGAGAGCCGCUCCUGUGUCCUCAUCCGCCGAGAUCUCGUGGCGCUGCCCGCCAGUCUCAUCAGCCAGAUUGGGUACCGCUGCCACCCCAAGCUCUACUCGGAGGGCGACCCCGGCGAGAAGCUGGAGCUGGUGGCGGGCUCCGGGGUGUACAUCACGCGUGGCCAGCUCAUGAACUGCCACCUGUGUGCGGGCGUGAAGCACAAGGUCCUGCUGCGGAGGCUCUUGGCCACCUUCUUCGACAGGAACACGCUAGCCAACAGCUGUGGCACUGGGAUCCGCUCGUCCACCAGUGACCCGAGCCGCAAGCCGCUGGACAGCCGGGUCCUGAAUGCUGUGAAACUGUACUGUCAGAACUUCGCGCCCAGCUUUAAGGAGAGCGAGAUGAACGUGAUCGCGGCCGACAUGUGCACCAACGCGCGCAGGGUGCGCAAGCGCUGGCUGCCCAAGAUCAAGUCCAUGCUGCCCGAGGGCGUGGAGAUGUACCGCACGGUCAUGGGCGCCUCGGCCGCCGGCGUGCCCCUGGACGCCGAGUUCGCGCCCGCCGCGGCGCAGCUGUUCGAGCAGCGUGUCUACGCCGAGCGGCGCGGGGACGCGGCCACCAUCGUGGCCCUGAGGACUGACGCGGUGAGCGUCGACCUGGGAGCCGCCACCCCUGCCUUGGAGAGCGGCGGGGAGGCCGACGGGGCCGGCUCGGUCAUCCAGGAGGUGGCCGGCCCCGAGCCGCUGCCGGCCGCCGGCCAGAGCCCGCAGCCCUUGGAGCAGGGCGCCAGCCCGGGCAGGCCCCAGACGCCGGCGGCGCGCAGGGCCGAGGGCGCGUACGCGGGGACCUUGUAGGCUGGGCUAGGGCUGCUUGCAUGCGUUACUAAUACAACCCAUGUGAUCGCGCACUCA